GCUCCAUCAAUUCUCCAUAUUCACAAUUUGGACUCCUGUCAAUGACACCUCACUGUCAUCCAGGGUUCCUCUGCGCAUCACCCCCAAGCACCCUGCAAGGCUCACCGAUCCAUGACUCCAUAGCCACACCGGACCCGCAUCGCCCUCGUGUCUCUACCCACCUACCAGCAAGGGUCUCGCCUCAUACAGGACACCCCUGGAAAUAGCCUGUCCCAUAAGGCUCGACUCGUCCAGCAUGACGACCCCGGAGCUUGCCCCCUGCCGAAGGAAAAAGUGACUGCCUGCGUGCAUGUGAGAUAUGCAAGCAGGGGGGUUCGACUAAUGGACUCGAAGCUGGAGGGCAUUCGUUUGUUGUCAGAUUCGUCACUGACCAUUGAUAUUGGUGACAGGGGAUUUUUUAGCCCGUUAGGUAUCUUCGUGUGCGACGCUAGUCACUGAAGUCCUCGAGUUAGGUGCCAGUGUCUUUCAUAGCGAUGCGAGAACUCAAGCCCCGGCCCGAGCUUGCGGUGACACUGUAGUUCCAAUACCAAUGCACCAAUGCAUUGAUCGGCCCGCUGGCCCUGCAGAGGGGUGGAUACGAUCAUGCAUCAGCCGGGGAUCCGAGGACUUCUGAUUUUACUGGGCUGCGUGGAGAGGCGGUCUAUAUAAUAUCUCGUCGAUGGCCCAAAAUCAGAUAAAGCCUUCUGGUCAGCAGUGGAAAUCCUCCCCAGAGUAAACUUAGCAGGGCCAUUGAAGCCUAGCUCCUGACCCUUCCUAUUGUUCACUACUGCAUAUUCGCACAAUGCCAUCCAGCAAAUUCCUCGCUGUCUCGGCAGUGUCCCUGGCCGGCCUCGCACAGCUCGUCUCUGCCCAAACCAACAUCACUGCCAGCACCUGUGUUGCCGAAUCUGUCUACUCAGACUGCAACCGCAACGUUGCCGACAAAUGGCGCUCCUGCAUCAACAACUGCAACGGCAAUGGCGACUGCAUUGUAGACUGCGGAUGUACCGCGCACCAAGAGUAUAUCAAUUGCAUGGCACACUCCUGCUGGAACCAGGUCUACUCCUGCGAAUACCAACUCUUCGUCCAGCAAUACUUUGCCGUAUGCCCCAGCGCCGCAGAACCAAUCCCCUUCUGGCCAGCCCCAGACAACGCCCCAAAUCGCUGCUCCUGCAGUCUAGGCAAGGUCCUUACAAACACCCUCUCCGCACGCAAAGCCCAAAUCUCCUGCGUCAACAAUAUAACCAGCCAAGCCCUCAACAAUAUCCCCGACCUCUCGAAUCUAGGGAACAUCCCGGAUAUCGCACGAACAGCAACAGAGUGUGCCUGCUGCGGCGCUAGUGCUAGCAUGUCCUCGGCAUGGGAAGUCUGCCCAGACACAAUCCCAACGCUCGCCGGCGUAAAUCUCUGGCCCAUCUUCUUCCCCUCCAACCUCCCAAACCUCUACACCUCCGUCCCGGAUUUCACCUGGUCAACCUGCGACUCCUCGCUGUCCUCCGCGGACUGUGCAAACCUCGGCUUCUCCGACACAGACAACAAGUUCUACAAACCGGGUGAUUUCCCUAAGAAUGGGACUUCGACGCUGCAUAAUGUUGCCGGGACGGUUACGGCGCCGCCGAGUGGGACCGUGAUUACUUGGUCGCAAGCUUCGGCGACGUAUACGGUUACGGCAACGGGGUAUGAUCGGAAGGUUGUUGUUAGUGGGACGUCGAGUGGAGAUGGGAUUGGUAGUGGUAGCGUGAGUGUGAGCGGGAGUGGGAGUGAGGCUGGUGUUACCGCGACUGCUAAUGCGGCGGCUGCGAAUGGUGUUGGCUUGGAUGUCGGGUCCGUGGGCGGAUUACUUGGGUUGAUCGUGGGUGGGUUAUUGGCGAUGUAAGUUCGUUCGGGAGUGGUAGUAUAAGAAGAGGAUAUGAGUGGGAUGGGGCUUAAAAAUGGGGUUGGACAUUGGACAGUGAUGAUACGUGAGAUAUGGAUGUUUAUG